GCCGCGUCAUUUGAAGUUCUCGCAAAGUUUAGCUCGCUAACCAAUAUAGUUUAUUUAUAUUGUCACGCGUUUGUUUUGAAUUCACAUGAUAAUGUAAUAAUCGAUUGAAUGAAAUACCUUAGUAACGCGUUUAUUGUCAGUUUUGGCGGUAUUUGGACGCGAUCGGCUUCUGCGGAUAUCAACGACAGCGACAGAAUCGAAUCUGACUGUACAGAGCUAAUGUGAUUUAUAACAUGUAUGAACGUGUUCUAGUUCAUGUAUGAACGUGUUCUCUGCUGCUGUAAAUAUGUCAAAUUGAAAUGAUACGUUUGUAAGGGCUUUGAGUUGUAAGAAGUGCAGUAAUGUCUGUGAGUUUAACUCCAGAACAGCAGAGACUCAUUGAGGAGAACAGACGGAGAGCUUUAGCCAGAAGAGCUGAGAGACUCGCGCAGGGUAACACACCUCAUCACCCGCCCGGAUCUGCUCCAAACACCCCCCCACAACCACAGUCUGUCUCGAGUGUGUCCUACAGUAACACAACACAGACAAAGCAGGUGUUUACAUCUGAUCGGACACAUCCGGGUGCAGCCGUGAAAGAUCAAAAGCAGCUGAUUGACAGUAAAGGUUCUUUUGUACCUCCGGCGCCCAAAACUGCCUCUGCGUCCUGCAGCUUUUAUGGACAGACUGUCAAAGCACCGACAGGAGAGAAGAGGACAUCUAAAUCCCCUGAAACUGGCUCAGGUGUUCCUGCUAAGAAACCUCUGGUGUGUGUUAAAGGAAGAUGUGUGUCACAUUCAGACGAUCGCUUCAGAGUGGAGGUCGGUUAUUACGCCGAUCUCAUUACCGUGUUUAAAACCAUUCCCUCCAAGAAUUAUGAUCCUGCGACAAAGAUGUGGAACUUCAGUCUUGAGCACUAUCAGAUGCUGAUGGAUCAGGCUGCUAGUUUCCCCUCCGUCUCUCUGAAACCUCUGGAUGGAAUGGAAGGGCUGAACAUUACAGCAUCCAGCAGUCGACCCAAAGACGGAGCCGCGUUGGCAGCUUUGAUGAGACUCUGUCAGGGCUGGCAAAAACCAGGUGCCACCAUCCAGGGGAAGUGUGUUCUUGUGUCUCGCUCUCGAAUGGAGGUAGAUAUCGGAUUCCAGGCUGAUGUCAUUGGAAUAUUUAAGCAGAUGCCAUCUAAAUGUUACGACAUGAAGAGCAGAAAGUGGAGUUUCUUACUGGAGGACUAUGGAAAACUCAUGACUUCACUCAGAAAGCUGUCAGCGGUGGAGAUUGAACCCUUACCCCCUUCGGUGAUCCAGUCCUUCUCCUCUCAGUUUGAGGCGAGCGAGUCGAGACCUGCUGCUCCUCCUGACGCCGAUCUCUCUGGUGUAGAUCCAGAGCUCACGCGCAACCUCAUGCCGUUCCAGAGAGAUGGAGUCAAUUUCGCAGUGUCUAGAGAAGGCCGUCUGCUGUUGGCGGAUGACAUGGGUUUGGGUAAAACAGUCCAGGCCAUCUGUAUCGCCGCAUACUACAGGAGGGAGUGGCCGUUGCUUGUGGUCGCCCCGUCCUCAGUGCGCUUCACAUGGGCCGAGGCUUUCCGCCGAUGGCUGCCGUCCGUGAGCGCUGACAGUAUUAAUGUGGUGGUUAAAGGUAAAGACAGCCUCCGCUCGGGUCUUAUCAGCAUCGUCAGCUACGAUCUGCUCAGUAAGAUGGACAAACAGCAGCCGUCCAGCCCGUUCAAUGUCAUCAUUAUGGACGAGUCUCACUUUCUGAAGAACGUUAAGACGGCUCGCUGCAGGGCAGCUCUUCCUCUGCUGAAGGCUGCUAAGAGAGUGAUCCUGCUGUCAGGGACGCCGGCCAUGUCCCGACCCGCUGAGCUCUACACUCAGAUUCAGGCUGUGAGACCGUCUCUCUUCCCACGCUUCCAUGACUUUGGGACACGUUACUGUGAUGCCAAGCAGCUUCAGUGGGGGUGGGAUUAUUCCGGCUCCUGUAAUCUGAUCGAACUGAAGCUUUUUCUGGAGGAGUCCAUCAUGCUCAGACGUCUGAAGUCAGAGGUGCUCUCGCAGCUCCCCGCCAAACAACGCAAGGUGGUUACCGUGACGACAGACGGCAUCAACUCCCGCACCAAAGCCGCACUCAACGCCGCUGCCAAAGAGCUCGCCAAAGGCUGCCGCAAUAAAAUUCAAGAGAAAGAAGCUCUUCUGGUCUUCUUCAACCACACCGCAGAGGCCAAAAUCAAAGCCAUCAUGGAAUAUAUUUCUGACACGUUGGAGUGCGGACGAGAGAAGUUUCUGGUCUUCGCUCAUCACAAGCUGGUGCUGGACAGCGUGACCAAAGAGCUCGGCGAGAAGGGAAUCAACUAUAUUCGUAUCGACGGAUCGACGCCGUCUGAACAGCGACAGCAGCUGUGUGAUAGGUUUCAGUUCAGCCCACAGAGUUGUGUGGCUGUUCUCUCCAUCACCGCUGCAAACAUGGGCCUGACGCUGCACGCCGCUGAUCUCGUGGUGUUCGCUGAGCUCUUCUGGAACCCCGGGGUGUUGAUUCAAGCUGAAGAUCGUGUGCACAGGAUUGGACAAACCAGUAAUGUGGACAUUCAUUACCUGGUGGCUAAAGGCACUGCAGACGACUACCUGUGGCCGAUGAUUCAAAAUAAAAUGAAUGUUUUAGAGCAGGUGGGCUUGUCGGAAUCCAAUAUUUCUGAGAAAGCUGAAUCUGCCAGUUUCCACAGUAAGGACCCUCAACAGUUGACCAUCACUGAGAUGUUCCAGAGGUCUUUUGAUGAAGACGAGAUGCUUGCAUUAAUCGAUGAAGAUCAGUAAGAACGCUGAUUCAGUAAAAAACAGUUCACUUCAAGUAUUUCCAUGAUGAGACAGAUUUAUUUAGUUUCCUCAGUUAAUAUGAUAUCAUGGAAACUGCGCACAAUAAUGAUUUACAGUUCUUUCCCAUUUGUUUAAAUGCAGAAUCGAUCUAUACAAAUAAGACGUGUCAAAUGUUUCAAUUCUUGUACCAAAUAAAUCAACAAAACAUG